AUGCAACAGAUCCUCCUCCUAUCCGUGCUCCUUUUCGCGAGCCAUUGUGUUGGGGAAGAGCCAGCUCGAACGGAGUUGGCGGCCGGAAACAGCGUCCCGAAAGCGGGCAAAUAUGCCGCCCCUACCCGCAAGUCGGUCGCCAAAGCUGUCCAACGACUCUUCGACUUCGCCUUGACACCCGACAUGAAGACCGCCGACCUGGAUGUGCCGAAAACGGCGGUGAACAAGCUGAUCGGAUAUGUUGUCAAAGGGCCCGCCAAGCCCUCGGCCUAUCUCUCAAUCCUCCAUCCCAGCCCUACCAAAAUCCAACUGGCUAUCCGCGACGAUUCGAUCUUUAUCCCUGGUGGCAAACCCGCUGAUGCCCAACGCGGGUUCAGACGAACGGAUGUCAAUCCAGCGAUCGACAAAACCACCACCCUCACUGGGGUCACAACCUGGUACCAAACCAUUCGAUUGGACUCCAAAGCUCCGCUUGCACUUAGCCAUGGAUAUCUAUUUGCUAGUAUUGAAGUGCCCUCUGGCGACCACAUCUUCGACAUCUUCGGGGGCUCGUACUUCAACCCCAAGAACAUAUACCACCAGCCGAUGAGCAACAGUCGAACGAUCAGGGUCCGAGACUUCCAGGGCAAGACGCUCCUGUCGCUGCCUCUGAAGUACGACCAAAACUACAACUUCGCGGUGACUGUUGACUGGAUCCAAAACACACUCACAGUCUAUUCUUCAAUCGGAACGGACCCUCUCAAAAAGGCCGUAGGGCCCAUGUACAAUGAUCCCAAGGCGAUCUCUCCAGAGUUCAAACACAAGGGAGAAUACCACCUCCAACUGCUCAAAUACCCUCUCCCUGAUGCUAAGAUCCCCGCUGAAAAACGACUCGACGUGCCCCACUUCGGCUUCCAAGAACCCAUCAAACAAGAACACGUUUCCUUCUCGAACGUCUUUGUGACCUCCGGCACUCAAAUCGAGCAGCCGGAAUUCAGCGACCAGUAGACCACCCAAGCAAAACAAAACAAAAACAA